UGUUGAUAUCCGUGUUGUUGAUGUCCUCUGGGGAUCCCUGACACUGCUCCUAAUUUGAGUUUUCGUCUUAUUACGGUUUCUGUGACGUAGAGACGUCUUAUGUCGAAGUAUAGGAUAUUCUCCCCUACCAGGGCGACAGUUGUUAGAUCACCAUCAAAUCCAUGAGAUAUUUCACUGAAAGAAAACUGGUUUUCUCGAAUCAAUUCAAGAUCUUUAUCUUUACACAGUUAUAAAGAGUAGCAUUCUGCGCUCAAAGGACAACUGAUGCUUCUGUGAUUAUUUAGUUCAAUACAGUUGCUGUGUAAUUGCAUGGUUUUCUAUGAAUGUCGGAAGGAACGGUGUCGUGUCGCCUGCCAUUUGCCAGCUGUCUGGGUCCCAGUGCCGAAGACUCAGACGACAUUGGGUAUACCAAUAUGGCCCGUCAGCCUGUUAUUCUCAAUGUGUAUGAUAUGUAUUGGAUUAAUGAAUAUACAUCUUCCAUCGGUCUAGGGGUAUUUCAUUCUGGUGUAGAAAUAUAUGGCACAGAAUUUGCAUAUGGAGGCCAUCCAUUUCCAUUCUCUGGUGUGUUCGAAAUAACUCCAAGAGAUGCAGAAGAUCUAGGGGACCAGUUCAAAUUCAAACAGAGCAUUCAUUUAGGCCAUACAGACUUUACAGAAGAGGACAUCAAAAGGAUAGUUGCUGAAUUAGGCAAGGACUUCAGGGGAGACAGAUACCACCUAAUGAAUAAAAAUUGUAAUCAUUUUUCCUCUGCACUAACACAGAUUUUGGUCGGGAGAGAAAUUCCCACGUGGGUGAAUCGCCUGGCUUAUGUAUCCUCAUGUGUUCCAUUUUUGCAACGGUGUUUACCAAAAGAGUGGCUAACUCCCGUAGCCCUUCAGCAGACAAUCGAAAGGCCAUCUCCGGAUUCCCCAGCAUCUCCACAUCCUCCCUCCUCUAGCUCGUCUGGUUCAGCAACUCGCGAUCGAACCCCACACUCAGUGGCUACCCCUAGGAAUACAAGAUCUACAACACAUUCACGUAACUCUUUGUAACAAGGAAUAUGUGUGCUCUAGUUUUAAGUAAAUUUAUAUAAAUAUAUGUAUAGAUAUAUAUGCAUAUAUUUGCAUACAUACAAUUUGGACUUUUUGUGAAAUGAGCCUCUUGACAAAAGAUUUUUCUAUUACAUAAUUAAGAGCAGAACACUUUUUUUUUAUGAUUAAUUAGAUUUCCUAUUUACUGAAGGUGUGAUCUCUUGUUAGAGGGAUUUUUAUGAAGGUAUUUGUAUUAGGAAAUUUAUUUUGGUAUCUUGGAGGGCUUCAGGUAAUUUUACCAAAAGGCCAGAGAUUAUGUGAUUGAAUAUUUUUUUAUUACUGACAUUUAGAAUUUUUUAGUGCAGUGAAGAAAUAAAAUUGCUACAUCCUCUUGAAGUUCCAUGCAACUGCUAAAGUCUCAUUAAACCAAUAUUAUUAAAAGUCAAAGGUCAGUUUGAAGAUGAUGACAGUAUUCCUGUCAUCAUAGUGUGUUUUGGAAAGAAAUUUCAAUACAGUAUUAUGGUUUUUGCAGCUUUCCCUACCUUUUUUUAUCCCAAAGUAAAAAGUAGUGGAGUCUAUGAAGACUGUAAUCUGAAUGGCAGUUGGAUGAUGUAAGAUAUCAUUACGUAUUUGCAUUUUUGUAAAAUGGAUCUAUAUAACCAAAAGUUUACAUUUUUUCAAGUCCCUUUACUUUUACAUUACGCCAUCAGAUGGUUUGACAUUGAGUGGUGCACAAGGAAAAAAUAUGCCUAGGCUUGUUGCAGCUUAGGAAAACUGCAUAAUCAUUAUUCAGUCUUUUUGGAUUAGAUUUUUUUGUAAGGCUAAUAUCACGAAAGACAUAAGUAUGUAUGCUAAAUGUAUAGUUAAGAAAUGUUCUCACAAGUGGAUUGAAGUGUAUGGAAAUGUGUUUUCAGAGUGCUUGAAUGAAAUGAACUGAUAACAGUUUUUAUAUAGUUCUGUUAGAUAUUUUAUAAUCAAUGUUUUUGGGCUACAUAUAGUUUUGAUAAAAUAAUGAGACAGAGCAGCAGUGGCAUACCUAUUAAGCUCUCAUAAUAUUGCUGACCAUAUGCUGUCUAAUAUUUAUAGUCUCAAAAUAGGAGUUUUUAAAUAAUAUGGGUAAGAUUGUAUAGUGUAAUAAUUCUCAGUGUUCAUUGAAAUUUGUGCCAUACAGCAAAAAUGAAAAGGAACAGUAUGUUGGUAUGUUAAACAUGUAAAUGUAUCUGCAUAUACUUCACUAUAUAUAACUACAUUAUCCCAAGUAUUAUCCUCUCUCUAGGUGAUUUUCUAUACAAACAUUCAUUUUAUUAUUGUACUUUUUUGUUCUUUGCUUAUGGGGAUAUUGAUGUAGGUGUAUUACACAUACUGUGUUCAGCAUUUGAUACAAGAGCUUUGGUAAAUUCCUUAUGUUUAUGUACUUCCCAUCUCGUUUUUAUCUGAUAUCCUGCACGUUGGAUAAAAGAAAAAUUGUGCACAUUAUUUGGUAAUGUUUUCAUUUUGGAAAAAAUUAGUUUUGCUUUAAUAAGAUAAUUUUUAGGUGUUUCUCGUUGUAGUUAGUCGUUUUUUGUUCUGUAGUCUGUGACUUGAAUACUUAACAAUAGGAAAUUCUUGUAAUAUGAAUUGGCAUGUGUCAUCUUAUUUAAUGUUCCAUAUUAUUUGUAUUGUAGUUGCAGUUUUCUGUUGUAUGCAUCUUAAGUUGUGUAGAUAUCUGAUGUAUAAAUGGAAAACGAAAGUUAGAAGCUAUCAUGUUAAAUUUACAAAUGAACUUGUAGGAAUGCCUCUUAACACUUGUAUGGGGAUCUACUCAUUAUUUCCAUAAGCAUGUACUAAAAUGUUGAGAAAGCAUGAAUUCAGAUGGAAACAUGAUAAAAGAUUUUAGCUGGUGUAUAAUCUAUAAUUUUAUAAUGGCAAAUUACUAGGUGCAUUGACAAGUCAAUAUCAUCAUAAUGGAUAAUCUAGAUAUGGUCUAUGAUCUCAUACAUGACUUAUUAUUUGUCCUAAUUAUUCAUAUCCUAUAAAUAUAUAGUAGUGUUUGUGGAAUAAUUAGUUAUUAUUCUUGCUAAAUGGUUUUUAUCUAUAAUGUAAGAAAUAUGAGGAGAAAGUGGGGAUUCAAGUGGCUUAUGUAUGGAGUUAUAGUCUGUACAUCAAAGCAGUUUUGGCAGCAUUUACUGUACAGAACUGUGUACUGUAUUGUUGCUGUGGAUUGCCUAGUAUCCUAAUACAGUCACUGCUAAAGUGCUCGCUCAUCUACUAUGCAGUAUUUGUGCAUGUUAACAGAAUCAAGUAAGGAAUAUAAUUACAGUAAGUUUUAUGUGUUGGGGUUUUCAGUUUUAAUGUUAUUUUAUUCCAUAUUUUCAACAUUGGAAUGACACUUGAUUGCAAUAAAGAUUCUGCAGUUUCUAGUGCAGGUUGGUUGGUUCAGAUAAGUCGGCCAUGUUCCAACGUGGGUCCUUACCUGUAAAAGGUCUGUAAGGAUGGUAAAGUAAUUGAGGAAUAAGAAGCAUGUUGUGGACCUCUGGCUCAUCCAACCAACCAAAAUCUAGUUCAGAGUAGAUUUGGUCAGUAACAUUUUGGUUCUUAUAUCUUGUUUUUGGGGAAAUUUAUUAGCUAAGGUACAAAAUUUUCAAGGAUUUCAUCCCAUUAUGAAUUAUAUAUAUUGUUCCGUGCUAAGAAUUUUUGAUGUAAAUACAUGUUUGAAAGCAAAAACUUUAUAUUUAUAGUGCAGCUCAACAGUACUUGUUAUGAUAUUUAAGAUGUACUCUUACCUUCUGCAGUAUUCAAAUUGAUACCAGGUGAAUGAGGUAUGAGCUGAACUUCAUUGGAGAAAGAGGGAAGCCACUCUGAACUGUGAUCCCUCAAGUUUCCCCUCUCAGGUCACACUGCCAACAGAUGGAGUGCUAAAGGGGUGAUGUUAUGCAGCUGUUACACAGGUUAAGAAAAUAAAAGAUUAAAAAAUAGGAAAAGAAAUGGAGCUUUACAUUGCUUGAGAAUCUAGGCUCAUCUUUUGCAUGUCACUUAAAGUAUUCAUAUUCUUUGAAAGGAAUCCUCUCUUACUCUGCACAGUACAAAUGUAAUUAUAUGAAUACUGUAAUUAAACAAAAAUGUGCUAAAUAUUUAGGUACUACAAUACCAUUAAAAAUAAAAGAGUGACAUUCCAGUUUUUAUAUUUUAAUCACUUGUUCUAGAACUGAUAGACUUUGCUUAGAUUUUCUCUCCGUGUUCAAGUGUGCAGCGUCUUCAGGAAGGGCUGCAACUAGACAGUACAACAGUUGCAGGAACAGACAGAAGGUUGGCUGAUUCCCUCCCCAUCCCUAGAGUAACCUUCCCUCCCAAUUCCCUUUCGUAUCCUUAGGAGCUCCCUAAAUUAUAUAUAGAUAUAUAUGGAUAUUUGCUGAUAUAUAGCAACAAAUAAUGUUCAUCAGUUUAUUUUGAUACUGCUGUAGUACUUUUUUUGAAAAACUUUUUUUUUCUUGUACUAAAACUGUCCAUUGUUCUAUUGGUAGUUAUACCUUAGCCCUGCAUACCAGUGUUCAGCAUACUGCAUUGCUUACUUGGCCCAUUGGUGUGUUGGUUGGGGCAUAUUACUCAUAACAAAGUGUAUAAAAAACUUGAAUGACGUCCAUUUUGAUUUAGUGUCUGGAAGCCAGGGUGAUACGUUGACAGUUUUGUAGAUAAGUUUAGUAACCUUUGGGUGCAAGCUUGAUGCAAGGGUGUUUACUUGUACUACAUAACUGUGGCUGCAGUUCAAGGGUGUAGUUUUCUCUGGUGUUCCUGAAUGAGAAAAUUUAAGUGGUUAGGUUUGUAAUUUUUUGUAAUUCACAUUCGUUGCCAAAAUGUUAACAAUGGAACUCUGGUGUCAAGUUUGUAUACAAAGUUGUUCUUAGUCUAAGCUAGUGUAAUCUUAACUAUAGUUUGUUUAUCAUUUUUGUUUGUGCAAGAACCAGAAAAAUAAGUAGGAUACACCUCAAAAAUAUUUGAGGAUGUCAGUAGAAAAGCAACAAGGAAGAAUUAUAAAAUCUAUACUUUUUUGAAGCUAUCUUGGAUUAUUUUUAUAAGCUUUACAUAUAUCUAAUAUUACCAAGUCUUUUUCAUAAUGUACAAUAUAAAUGCUUGUUAUGAUAACAGUAAUUUUUAAGGUAGCUUUUUGAAAGUGUAAACAAGGGCCUCCAAAUCCAGUCACCACAUUGAAUUCUAGUGGAAGUACAGAAUAGCUAUACGUAUUUGGAAUUCACUAUCAUCUAGCUUGACUAGAAUCAAGUCAGUGAAUUUAGGAACUUGAUAAUUCUUCAAGGAAGUAGACAGUUCUGCCUGAGGCAUAACUGUUCAUAACCAGACCGUAAAAUGUAGGAUCAUUAUUUAUCACCAGUGACUCUAUCCUCUCUUCAUUUUCUCCAGCAUUUUAAUCUUUCUUAGAGGAUUUGUGUCACUCCUCCUUUUGGAACUUUUAACUCCAGUCUUCCUUUAUUAUUUUGAAUAAUUGUGUUCUUCAAAUUCCUUAUACUGUACAGUAUUUAAGUGAAAAACCUUGAUGGUGGUCACUAAUAUUCUCAGAUUAUUCAGAAGUAAGGUUAAGCACGGCAGGGAUGCUUCUGCAAAGCCGUUUUAUGCUUGUGUGCAUUUUUAAAGGAGUGUACGUAAUGGAAUGUAUUUUUUGUAUUGGAAGAUAGGCGAUAUAAAGUAUAAGUAAAUACAGAAAGUGUGCUUGCAGAAUUCAUUGCUACGUACAUUUCAUCAAUUCUUUGCAGGAAACAGUUUUUCAUGUACAUGUGUAUUUCAGUUUUUUGUGUGUUCAUACAGCCAUUGUUAUUACCCUCAGUCUUUGGAAGACUUGCUAUUGUGCAUAUGGUUCACAUCCUAAAGUGAAGUCUUAGAAGACAUAAUAGGACUAAAGUGUAGUAAAAUCAUGAGUUUUUUUUUUUUAGUGUACUAUCGACUUCUAGACCAUGGCAUUGGUGUCAGUGUUUGAAAUGCUUGGAAGUUUGUAUUACGAUUUCCUUUGUAGUAUUGUCUUGAGAGAUGCUUAUCCCAGGAUUAGGAGGUAUAAUGAGUCUCAUUUCAAGAUCCAAACAAUACCACUGACCUUUGUGAGAGAGCCAGGACUUUUUGUUGUACAGUUUAGCCUUAGGAAGACUGUUUUAUCAUUAUUUUUGUAUGUCUAGUUUUUUAGUUUACAUUAAUGUUACCCAUACUACUUUGUCUUGUAUUAUUAAGAUGUUUUUACUGAUGCUUUGUAAUCAAUAAAUAUGCUAUUUUCAAAAAAUAAAAUAUAUAAAUAUGUCUUUGAUUGUUUAGGUCUAGAACCACAACUCAAUCAAGGUAAUAUUGUGGAAAGUUUGAAGUACUUAAAUGAUUCUCUCUUUUGAUAUAGUUUAGUGAUCAUACUACAUGAUAAAUAUUUUAUUUUACUCUUGACUGGCAGGUGGAUGAAUGAUGUUCACAAAGUAAACAACUCAAUCUUUCAUGUGUGGUAUAAAGGAUUAAGGAAAUGAGAGGGAGUUUUCUAGGACACCCAUGACUGUAAUAGGAACCAUCCUUUAGUAAAUCUGGAAAAGGAUGAGUGUAUAUUUAUUUGAUUGCAAAGCCAUUGAAUCCUCUUGUUCACAUGGCACACACUUAAGCAACAUACUUAAAAGAAGUGAGGGAAUUUCUGGUUACCUUUGGCCAUCUCUCUAGUUAAUUCAAUGCAUUGCUAAACUAUGAAGCAUUUUAUUGUUACUUUCAGUUUAUGUACAGGCUUCUCACUGCAAAUACCCUGUGGAAAUUCCUAUUCAAGUAUCAUUUUGUGUAGUAGCUUUUAGCCUUUUUCUUAGUUGCAGUGUUUCAGCUUUACCAGAUUCCUAUAAUUGUGUUUAGAACCAUAUACUGUAGUCAACUUUAUUUUAUGAUAUAAAACACAAAAUAGAACUUAAGAUCAGUGGGUGCUGCUAACCAGUUACAGUUUUUUCUGAAGCUUUAUUUUGUAAGUAGCCAUUAACUCCGAGUUGAUAGAAUCUCAUUGCAACUGUAUAUACAGUAAUGAGAUUCUCAACUUGCAGCAAGUCAUAUUAGUAUAUGGUUAAAGAGGGAACUACAUAACUGAAUUUUUUGUUAUUUUGUGAUACAGAGCAGGAUGUUUUGAUUGCUUUUUUUUCUGACAUAACUAGUAAUUUUUUAUACCUAACUGACUUUGAAAACUAAGUGGCUGUUUUAUAAACUAUAUAUUUAUUUCAUUUACUGGCUUCAGUGUCUAUUGUGUAUGAAGAAUGCUUUUUUUUGAUACAGUGUGUUCUUUGAUCUUCUUAAGUACUCAUUUAACUGGAACUCUUUGAGUUGUUUAUUGCAAGAUAAAUGUUACAUGUGAGUUGUUAUAGCAUUUUCUAAAAUGUAUUGCUCUCUCUCUCUCUCUCUCUCUCUCUCUCUCUCUCUCUCUCUCUCUCUCUCUCUCUCUCUCUCUCUCUCUCUCUCUCUCUCUCUCUGUUAAAGAGAGAGAAAUGCAGAAAUCACCCCUUUUGACUGCCUGUUCUUUCCAUGUAUUUUACCUGUAAAAAAAGAAAAGAAAUUAGUAGUUGUAGACUGUAUCUAGCUAUACUUUGUAGUCUGAAAUUGUAUGCUUCCAAAACUAUGAAUGGUUUUCAGUGCAGGGAAAAUAAAGAUGUUUGUUUGUU